AUGCCCAACGACAGUCCACCCACCCAACCGCGCUUCCGCCUGGCCAUCGCCGGUUCCGGAAUAGCAGGCCUCACACUCGCGAUCGCGCUCGGACAAUUUGACGAUCCGGUGUCGCCCGUUGAGAUCGACAUAUACGAGUCCGGGCCCGAAAUCACUACCGUUGGCGCGGGCAUAUCCGUCUGGCCGCGGACGUGGGCAAUCAUGCGCAGGCUCGGACUACACGACGAGCUCAUGCAGGAAGCAGUGAAAGGCAAGUGGGAGACGAAGAAGAACCAAGACGAAGGGAGCACUCUACAUCAAGCGGGCGGGGAUGACGGAGACUGCGAGGAGACAUGGAGGCCGGCCUUUGUCGGCCUCCCUCCUCUCCCGCUUGCUCUCUUCCACGCUUACCCUCGCGCGCACACAUGGCGCGACCACGAUGCACCGCGCCUGCAUGGUCCGCGUCCUCACCUCCCCGCGCACUGCACCAUCCACACCACCAAGCGCCUUGUCUCCUACAACCCUCCCUCGCGAUCCUCCACGGCCAUUAACGGCGCAUACACCCCGCACUUCGUCGACGGCACCCACGCGUCGGAUGACGUCCUCGUCGGCGCGGACGGGAUCAAGUCUGAGGUGCGCAGCGCUAUGUACACGCACACGCACGCACGCGAUUAUGACAGCACGCCCGUUGCGGCAUGCGCGCGCUGUGCGCGCUCCCGCCCGAAGUGGACGGGCACGGUCGUGUAUCGGUACUUGAUCCCGACGGAGCGACUGCGUGAGGUUAACCCCGCGCACCACACGCUGCAUGUGAUGGCACCGAUGAGCGUGAGUGCUGGUCCGGCUUCCAUUGUCUUGUUUGAGGCUGACGCGCUGUCUGCAGUAGGGAAGCAUAUCAUCACGUACCCGAUCUCGCACGGGAAGUAUCUCAACUGGAUCGGCUUCGUGACGCGGCCCGGGAAAGAGGGCACCGAGUACCCGCACAAGUGGGUGCUCGACGCGGACCAGGACGACGUCGUGCGCGAGUUCACGGGCUGGGAGCCCGAGGUCGACCAGAUGAUCGCCGUGCCACGUCUCCUUCUCCUCGCGCGCAUAGCUGAUUCACUCGCGCAGUGCGUGGAAGACCCGAAGUUGUGGGCGAUCCACGACAUCGAAGACCUCCCGUUCUCCGUUUCCGGUGGAGUCGCCCUGAUCGGAGGCGCGGUGCGCGCCAUGACGACCCACUUGGGCGCAGGCGGAGGCCAAGCGAUCGGGGACGCGUACCUCCUCGGCACCCUCCUCACCGACCCGCGCACCUCUCCGUCGCGCCUCCCGCGCGUGCUGGAGAUCUACCAGGCCGUCCGGCUCCCCUUCGCGCGCGCUGUCGUCCGGAACGCGCGCACGGUCGGGCUCAUGUACGAGUUCAACUCGCCUGGGCUGUACGCCGCGGACCCCGCGCACGGCGAGCCUACCGCGGUGGGCGUGCGCUCGGGGGAGGAGGACCGUGGACGCGAGACGGCUGCGGACGUCGACUGGCAGUGGAAGGAGAAGGUGGAGAAGCAGUGGGCGGAGGCGGAGCGGAUGAUGGACGAGCUGGAGGGCCGUGCGGCUCCUCCUCAUCGGCGAUUGGAGAGGUAG